AUGCAAAUUAAAGAAACAAUUUCAACUAACGAAUUAAACGAUUCUUUGAUCAAUAAUGAAUUCGAAAUUGUUGAUACACCACCAGCUCAAGAAAAAAGAAAUGAUGAUGAUCCCAUAAACAAUAAUCAAAAUCAAGAUAAUCCUGAUGAUUUUAUCAAUAAUGAAUAUGAUGAACGCAUUAAAUAUCAGAAAAACAAUCAGGCUUUAAUCAAUGUGAUUAAACAUGUACCUCAAAAACAAGAAUCUGAUGAUAAAAACAUUUUAGAUGAAG